CCUUUUCUCUGGGGAGCGGAUGAGGCCCUCCCCUCACACACUUCCCAUCUCUCCGCGCGCGCCCCCGCCUUGCCGGUGAGCCUGUUUGGCGGGAAGUUGGCUUAGUUGGCCUACCUGUGGCUCCGCGGGUUCUGUGGUCCCCGCCUUGUUUUUCCCCAGAAGCUUCUCAAUCUUUCGUCGGUCAUCUCGGCAUAAGGCAUAGUACCCCUUCGCACGGAGGACGCCAUGGCUCCCAGGAAACGCCCAGAAACCCAGAAGACCCCCGAGGUGGUUGUGCGUCCCAAGAGCAAGAGGAACAGAAGCCCCUGGGAGCUGGAGCCCGAGGCCAAGAAGCUCUGUUUGAAGGGCCCCGGUCCUAGCAGAAGAUUUGACUCAGGCUGCCUUUGGGCGGGGUUGGCUAGCCUGCGGGUCCCGCCACCAUGCAGCAUCGUCAGGGCCCUCCACCAGCAUAAGCUGGGCACAGCUGCCUGGCCAUCACUACAGCAGGGUCUCCAGCAGUCCUUUUUGAACUCUCUGGCUUCUUACCGGAUAUUCCAAAAGGCUGCCCCUUUUGACAGGAGGGCCACAUCCCUGGCGUGGCACCCAACUCACCCCAGCACCCUGGCUGUGGGUUCCAAAGGGGGAGAUAUCUUGCUCUGGAACUUUGGCAUAAAGGACAAACCCACCUUCAUUAAAGGGAUUGGAGCUGGAGGGAGCAUCACUGGGCUGAAGUUUAACCCUCUCAAUACCAACCAGUUUUUCACCUCCUCAAUGGAGGGAACAACUAGGCUGCAAGACUUUAAAGGCAACACUCUCCGAGUUUUUGCCAGCUCAGGCACCUGCAACUUCUGGUUUUGCAGCCUGGAUGUGUCUGUCAGAAGCCGAGUGGUGGUCACAGGAGAUAACGUGGGGAACGUGAUCCUGCUGAACAUGGACGGCAGGGAGCUUUGGAAUCUGAGAAUGCACAAAAAGAAAGUGACCCACGUGGCCCUGAACCCGUGCUGUGAUUGGUUCCUGGCCACAGCCUCCGUAGAUCAAACAGUGAAAAUCUGGGACCUGCGCCAGGUUAGAGGGAAAUCCAGCUUCCUCUACUCGCUGCUGCACAGGCAUCCCGUCAACGCAGCUCAUUUCAGUCCCGACGGUGCCCAGCUCCUGACCACUGACCAGAAGAGUGAGAUCCGUGUUUACUCUGCCUCCCAGUGGGACUGCCCCCCAAGCUUGAUCCCACACCCUCAUCGCCACUUCCAGCACCUGACACCCAUCAAGGCAACCUGGCAUCCUCGGUACAACCUCAUUGUCGUGGGCCGAUACCCAGAUCCUAAUUUCAAAAGUUGUACCUCCCAUGAAUUAAGGACGAUCGAUGUGUUUGACGGAAGCUCAGGAAAGAUGAUGUAUCAGCUGUAUGACCCAGAAUCUUCUGGUAUCAUGUCGCUCAAUGAGUUCAAUCCCAUGGGGGACACACUGGCCUCUGUGAUGGGUUAUCACAUUCUCAUUUGGAGCCAGGAGGAAGCUGGGAAGCGUAAAUGAGAGACAUUAAUGAAGGUGGGGGCCAAGCAAGGGCUUGGAGCCCCAUGGGAACAAGUUCUGCGAGAAGAGGCGGCUUUGUGUUAAAGGGCCAGAGGUAUCCGAGUCCUUAGGGUUGGAGCAGGGGCACUGGGACUGCGACACUGGGACUGGGACACUGGCAUGUACUGUUCUGGACGUAGCUCCAGAAACUCCAGAGUUGGCGACCCAGCUGCCCCAAGGGUCCUUGCUAUAUCUAGCCUGGAGCCAAGCUUCUCUUUUCUCCUCUCUGACAUGCAGUGGCAGAGGAUCAGGUAGUGGUUUUCGAUUUGUGUUCACUAUUCACAUGGCCAAUAAAACCAUACCCGACUGAG